AUGAAGAUAGAACAAAACACGGACAAUAUUGCUUUUCAUACAGUAGAGAAAGCCUAUUUUAUCCAGAGCAUACUAUUUGGUUUUGCUUCGUAUUUUGGUGUUGUCUUGUUAACUGUUGACAGGUUCUUGGCGAUUCAUCUUCAUCUCAGAUAUCAGGAACUUGUGACUUACAAACGUGUUGUAGCCGUAGUGAUUUCAGUCUGGUUGUUAAGUGCAUUAAUUAGCUUCCUCAGUUCGGGUAUGGCUCAAGUGGCUUUGUCCAUUGUAUUAGGAACCAUUUUAGUUGUAUGUGUCGUAAUUACAGGGAUACUUUAUUGCAAGAUAUACGCAGCAGUGAGACAUCACACAAGUCAAAUACACGCUUUGCAGGUACAGCAAGAAGCACAGAACGAAGACAUGGCGAAUGUUGCAAGGCAGAGAAAAACUGCACUUGCUACUUUCUAUGUUUAUGUGGUGUUUUUAGCUUGCUAUUUGCCAAUAUCCGGUGUUCAGCUUGCCACGAUCAGUGGUGAAACCGCCUUGCUAUCGAAUUUAUGCUAUUUUACAAUGACUCUUGUGCAUCUAAAUUCAUCCCUCAAUCCCUUGAUCUACUGUUGGAAGAUGAGACACAUUCGACAAAAGGUUAUGGAUAUACUUCGAAAUAUCCUUGCGAUUGAUCCGCAUUAAACAAAGAAUCUAACUCAGAAUAACUCGCCUUUUUCCUUCGACGAAAUAAGAGCGUUUCAGCAAUACAGUGGGAAUUGACACUUAACAAAUAAACGGGACCUGAAAGCUCUUGCAGUUUAAAAACCAAAGAUAUAUAUACAAGAAUAUGAUCGAGUAUAGGUUCAUGAGAUUUGACAUCAGUUUCCUUUGGAAUAAUAAACAGAUAAGGGAAGCUCUCAAACAAAAUUUCUCAAAGCCAGGGAGAGGGUAAAAUGCUAAGUGGCUUAUUAUGAAUAUGUGACUUUAAAUCAAUACAUAGAGCGCCAAAGUUAAUUUUCCAAAUUUCGUGGGAAAAAAGGUUUGUGUAUAGUAAAGAGUGUUAAAACGUCUACUAGACUUUGCUAACCAUAGGUCAUGCAAUCAACAACCAACAAAAGAGAGAGCAAAACUAUAUCAAUAAAAUCUUCCAUACUGAAUGUAACAAGAGUGAUGAAAUGACCUACAGUUAUGAUAAUGACUGAUAACAAGAACAACAACCCUUGCUUCCAUAGCAACUUCCGUAUUGCAUUCUAUAACCUUUAUUUGCUUUGUAUAAGCUAUUUAUGCAUUCCUCCUAGAUUAAUCAGAAAAGCCAUAUUUUGUCGUAAAUUGUAAAUUGUAAAUAUCUUAUUAUCCACUCCCCUCAGGGCUUUUCAGGGAUAAUUUACAACACUGGUUGGGGGACUUUGCCAGACUGCUUAAGAUGCAGUUUACAAGUAAUGAAGGAAUGAGUAAUGAUGCCUCCAUACAUGAUUGUGAAGGUGAGAUAGACCACUACACCGGGCACUAUGUGCCCUAAUCGUUACGAAGGAUAACGUUGAAACUUUACACAAGACCGUGAUUAAUAUUUUUAGAGGAAUUUAGAAAGAUAAUCGCUUAAUGAAUAAUAACAAUAAUUAUAAUAAUCAUAAUGAUCAUGAAAACGGUGAUGAAGACAUCGAAGACGCUUAUGUGCACUGGCCGAGGUUACUCCCUAUACGAUGCUAUCUUUUUUUAUAGAGUAAAGUGAAAAAACUAUUUAAAUAGCUGGUCUGGAAAUGGGUAUCGACUUAAUUUUAAAAAAGUUACCGCCGUUAGCCGGGGGGGAAAUUUGCCUUAUUUACCUAGGGUAAAAGCUAAUGGGGCGGUACAGAGAGGGGGGGUGAGGGAAGAAUUAAGAGCGAGUCCAAAAAAUUGACUGUAGUAACCAAAAAUAUGUAACAGAACGACAGAAUUAACAACAAAGAAAUAAAAACACAGUUAUUUUUCACGCUUAAACUAAAGAGUAUAUUCUUGUCUUGUCUAGGCAUUCUUUCUCCUGUUUGAAGAUGAUUAGGAGCGGUCGUGGGGGGAAACGGUAUCCUCUUGUUUUUCUAUACUACCCAUUCAAUUGUGAGCAAUUUUGAAGUUUCAUUAUAAUAUUAAACUGAAGCCGAAACUGGAGUUAAUAUGACUUAAGUUUUGGUAUCUGCCUCGGAUGAGUUAAAUCAACACGAACUAUUCGGUUAAUAAGCCGUAACAAUGACAACAACCAUUUUAUUCCACAUGACCUGAAAAAGUUUACAAGUAAUAAAUUAAAGUAAACUGAAAAGGAAACAUUUCACACAACCAGCAGUUAGCUUAAGCUAAUCGAGGCGGGAGGUGUUUUCUAUCAUACAUCUUCAAUAAAAUGAAAUUUGAAACAUAAUUUCGAAGUUGAUUGUAUAGUUUAGACGACAUGGGAUAUUUUAAACAUUCUGAUCAGUUAUUUGAAACUUCAGUUUUACGUAUACUGUGUCUGUUGUCUGUUUUUUUUUUUAAGGGUGAUAAGUCUUUUCUCUCACCCUCCAACUCGUCUUAGAUCAGUAGAUAGUUUUUGCUUGGGUCAAGCAAAAACGUUGGAUUAUUCUCCAAAUUAAUGGUCCGCAAUCCUCUAAACCAUUGCUAAACUCUUUCUGUUUGACUCUGUGUUUACGAUUCACUGCAAACCAGCUGCCGUUUCUAGUUUAAUAUUACGUCAGUAGUUUCAAAUAACUUUCUACCAUUUGACUGACAAACUUCAACUGUUACAAAGCUCGACCUAUCGCGUUUCGGUUAAAAAGAAAAUGAAUUCAAAUUUCUGUGGCUAGUCAAUAAAAAAAUAUCAUGAUAAAUUCUUUCUUUUUUAAAUAUAAUUAUUUAGGAAUAAUACAAGAAUAUUAUCAGCCUAAAAUAGGCAGAAAAAAAAGCAAUAUUCAGCCUGGGCCAGGAAAACAACAUUCUUAUAAAAAAGAAAGAGGGUGUAUCAAACUGAAGAAACUGGAGCUAAUAAGACUUACCUCUUAUUAGCUGCCUCAAAGUUAAUAAAGGAUAGUGUAUUUUUUUGAAUACAUUUUCAUAGUUUCCAAGUUGAUUGAAGUUUAAGGCACAUUUUGCUUUUUGCAACCCGAUUACUCAUCGAACUGUGCCGUCAUGAUACGUAAAUAUUCCGAUCAUUUGCGAUUAAACUUUGACAUAUAUUAAGGACCGGAUGAUCUAUUGUCUUUGUUUUAAGCGCGCCCUAAGUUUUUGUUAUGGGUUAAGAGUUUUUUUCUCUUCAUCCUCCUCACACUCUUUGGGUCGCGCGUGACCACGUAGUUUAUCAUGGAAAAAAUGUGUGCACGAGUCCAGGAAAUACAUUGGAUUGGUUUGCGACUGAAAAGUCUGUUUUCUCCUCAAGGAUCGCUAACUCUUUCUGUUUAACUGUGUAUUUUGCGAUUCAUAGCAAACCAACUGCCGUUGCCAUUUUGAUAGUGCGUAAGUAGUUUCAAACAAUUUUCUUCCAUUUGACUGACGAACAAAGCUCUACCUAUCGCAUUUCAGAUAAAAUGAAAAUAUAUUCAAAUUGCUGUAUGAUGAUGAGGACGUCACAUUUAAAUGUUAAAUUCCGGACUCAGACAUGCACAGUUUUAAUUUCAAGUAUUCGGGUGAGAGUUUGGAUCUUAUGAACACGGCUUUUUUCGAUUGUGGCGGAAGACAACAGUAAUCCGUUUAAACCAAUUACCAAGGGAGGAAGAAGAGAAUUGCCGGCAGGAGAAUAUUAGAUAAGUCUAGCAAAGAAUUUUUUCUUUGUGUUAUUAAAGUACAGGAUUGCUUUAUUGCAAAGUAUACGUAGCCGUAAGACACCACACAGGUACAAGUAGCACAGAAUGGAGAUAUGGCAAACGCUGUAAGGGUCAAAAAAUCUACACUUGCUACAUUUUACGUGUAUGUGGUGUUUUUAGUUUGUUAAUUGCUAAUAUCUUGUGUGGUUUUUGCCAAGACCAAUGGUGAAACCACCUUGUUAUCUCAUUUAUGGUAUUUCACAUUGACUCUUGUGUUUCUCAAUUCAUCCAUCAAUCCUUGAUCUACUGUUCGAACAUGAGACACAUUUGACAAACUGUUAUGGAUCAUAUAUGAUUGGUUCGUAAUAAAAAAGAACUAAUUCAGAAUAUUUUUCUCUGGUGAAAAAAACCUUUUCAGCAAUACAGUUGGAAAAAUGACCCUUAUUAGUUAUGACCAAGAUAUAAUAUAAUCGAGUAUAAGCUCAAGGAUCUUAAGCAGCGACGUUUUGGAGCGAUGCACGUCAACCGGAAUUCAGAAUUUGAUGGACAAAAAGUUCUGUAUACAAUAAAAUGUCUUAAAAAGUUUAAUAGAUUGUUUUUAACAACAGUCCACUGAUACAAUUAAAUCAACAAAUUUUCGAUAUACUGAAUGUAACAAGAGUGGCGAAAAGACCUACCGUUGUAAUAGAAGUGAGAGCCUCAAAUGCAUUGUUAGUUACUGCUGUUCACGUGAAAAUGAAACUUGGAGACAAUACCCCUGAAUAAUGAGAGGCCCUUGUUGUUAACACGAAAUUUCGACAGAAAAUUAGCGAGUUGUAUCCCUUACCUUAAGUAGACCAGUAGACCAAAAUGUUUACAAAAUCGCUGAUAAGAGCGCCUCAAUACUAAUUAACCAAAUCCUUCACCUUUCAAGCAAUCGGCUAAAGCUAUCCCCAUGAUCACAUGAUUGAAACUGCCAUGAGGUGAAAUCGCAUUUGAAAAGUGCUUCGUUUUCUACAGAUAACGACCGAACAUCAAGCGGAUUGUCCAGUCAUUAUCGUAUUUCUGACCAUAAAAUCUCCAUUCCAAAAUACCUCGCUAACACUCUCACAGAUUUUACUUAAACUUAACGGACAUCGAUCAAGCAGACAUCGGAGAAAAAACAGGAGGAAAAUGCCCCCGUAAACGAUUUUGAAAGAAAAGUUCCCAGUGCCGAGAAAUACAGCUGCAAGUAAAGUAGCUAAUGGCGUCAUUUUGUUGCUAUGACAACUCCGAUGUCAUUGUAAUCCUGAUCAUAACAAAUUCUCAACUUUCAACACUAACAAAGCUCGGCCAUUCGCGUUUCGUUUAAAAUGAAAAUAAAUCCAGAUUUUGGUGUAAUGAUGUUGUUAUAUAUUUCAAAUUCUUUUAAUUUCAAAUAAGUGGAUAUUUCGGAUGUUAUGAGUAUGGGAUACUGGCAACUUUUUGCGAUUGUAAACUUUAUUGUUUCGCAAAUUUCAGUCUCAUCCAUAAAAGAAAACACUCGCAGAGCUCUUCAAAAGUUAUAGCGUACCUGUACACGUAGGCAGGCAACAUGCGUUGGCUGGUACCGUCGGAGUCGCGCCAUUCCGUUCACCAAAAAUAUUUGUUAAUGACUGUAUGUCAGGAAUGGUGUACUUAACUAUUAAAAGGACAAAAAGCAUUGUAGUUAAUUUUUUUGUGACUUCUGAGCAACAGAGGAGACGAUGUUUUUACAAACAUAGCUCUUAAAGGUCACUCAAGUCAAGCCAACUUUAUUCAGGCAGGGCAGCCCUAUCAGCCAUUGGCCGGUAUCAAAAAGGGGCCCCCCGUACAGUCGUCGUGAAGGGUUAUAUCGGGUUUUUAUUGUCGGCAGGUCUAAGCUUUUUGCCAUAGAUUUUUGCAAAAAAUACUACAUAAUAAAUAAAUAAAUAACAAAAAACCGUGCCCAAAAUAAAAAAAAUAAGAUAAACGAAUCUAUGUUUCCGCGAUUCCUAAAAACACUUGUUUGGGCUCAAUAAAUUUUGAUUGGACUUGAUGUCAAUAUAUUUUCAUAAUGAUGCCUUUAAUAAGUUUCUUUGUCAAAAUUAGUUUACAACAGUUCUUGGCAGCCUCUUUUUAACCAGAAUACUAAGUAGGUUCUUUCUAUUCUUUAUAUCAUUUUAGUAUAAACACACCCAGUGAUCUUGGUAAUUCAAGCAAUCUGAUUGGUUAGCUAUCUCGGACUAUGACGUUAUAUUCACCGUGCUAGGCGGUGAAUAUAAAGCAGAACAAAAUUGCUUUCAUGAACUGGGUGUUUUGCCAAAGUUUUAUAGUAAAGCCUUUUUGAAAAUACACGAAUAUCCAACUGCUGAUGACUUUGAAGGCAAGAAAAGACUUCAUGGUGUUUAAACAGCGUGAUUUAUCGUGAAGUGGUUUACUGUAGCUGACUUUUUGUACGCUCGAAGCUAUGUUUACUACUACAGAAUCGAACAGAAGAAAACGAGGUCGCUUUGUCACUGUUUUGUGAUUUCGGGAUUUUCUCGCAAGACCAAUUUUGCCUAUAAAUAGAAGUUAAUUUAUGGAGAAAGAAGGAAAGCAAAUAUUUUCGAAAAUUGUACGUGCCAGCAAGUUAACAAGGUAAAGAACACUGGAGAUAAACAACGCUCACCUUGAUCGUAGCCGCUGUUGACAGCAUUUGCAAGAAGCGACCAAGAAAACUUUCUCACUUUGAGUUGACAGAAACAAAUAAAGCUCUUCUUUUCUUCUCAGAAUUGGGUAGUAAUUUCAAUUUUCGGCGUUUUCUUUUAAACCGUUGAUGCUUAAGCUUACAAAACUAGAUACAAAAAGAUUAAAACUGCCAUUUGCCAUGUUUGAAGAUACUGUAAAGAUCUAACUUUUGCGCACCCACCACUGUUUACGGCUUCGUGUUCACACAUGAAUUCACCCGUCAAUCAAACUAAUCGUUUUUUAAUGGUUUCUUUUCCGAUUCUGUUGAGAUCACGUCGUGUGAAUAUACUAAAACAAUUAUUCACCUCAGGCUCAGUUAAUAUUCCCCUCGACUUCGUCUAGGGUAAUAUUCAACAAAAUUAACUUCGCCUUCGGCGAAUAAUUGUUAAAUAACCUUUUUUCUGGCAUUUAUCAUAUCCUCAAAAACUCCAAUUGCGUCAUUAUGCCUUAUCUUAACUGAGCUUAUUAAUUGUUAAGCUCGAUCUAUCAUUCUUAUCAAAAGAAAAUUUUAUUCAGAAUUGAAUGUGUUAUUAUGUGGCUACAUUAACUUGUUUGAAAUUUUUUGUUAAGGGAAUUCUUGGUGUUCAAACGUCUUGAUAUUUAACACUGUCUAGUAAGUGGACAAUUUCAAGAUUACCAAAGUACGGAAGAGGACAAGCUAGGUCGCUCAGCCAUGCAAUAAUUUAAGGAAGAAUGUGAACCACAUUCUGAACUUUUGGAGACCGAUCAGGUUACUUACCAAACGCAAGAGCGUCUGCCUGUCAAAAGACGUCAACAGUUCUUCAAAGGAACAGUCUAUAUAAUGGCAGAAGAAACUAAAGACGCGUUUUCAACAUCCUACAGAAUGGCCGAAACUGGAGACUUUUAUUCAACGCUCGUCGCCAACUACUUCUUCAAUGCUUUCUUGCUUUUCACAGCCUUGGUUUUAAACAUCAUAACAAUACGAGCCCUAAGAAAAAUAUCAUCGUUUCCAAAGCCUUUAAAAACAUUACUCCUAAGUCUCGCUAUUUCUGAUCUUGGUGUUGGUUUGAUUGUCCAGCCUCUCUAUAUUGCAGGUGUUAUAAUGACAAUAGAACAGAGUGCUAACAAAAGUCUUCAUUAUACGUUAUACACAGCGCAGCGCCUUUUUGGCUAUUUACUGUGUGUUGCUUCAUUCUUGGGCAUCAUUGCUUUAACUGUCGACAGAUUCCUAGCUAUUCAUCUUCAUCUCAGGUACCAGGAACUUGUGACUCACAACCGUGUUGUUGCUGUAGUAAUUUCAGUUUGGGUCCUCUGUUUAUGUAUUUCCUUAUUUGCGUUUAACAGGAUUUUAGAAAAAGUUCUGGUCAUUAUAAUUGCAACCUUUGGGGCAGUUUGUUUCAUUACAACGGGAUUAAUUUACUUCAAGAUAUACUCAAUCGUACGUCACCACACAAAUCAGAUUCACGCCCUGCAAUUGCAACCUGUAGGACAGAAUCAGAAUGGAGAAUUGGCAAAUGCUGCAAGACUGAAAAAAACUACACUUGCUACAUUUUACGUGUAUGUGGUGUUUGUGGUUUGUUUUUUGCCCUACAUAUGCGUUAAAGCAGCUGAUCGAAUUUAUGGUGAGUCCGAGUUGCGGUUGCAUCUGCUUUAUUAUUCGACGACACUUGUGUAUCUUAAUUCAUCUCUCAAUCCUUUAAUCUACUGCUGGAAGAUGCGAAACAUUCGAAAAGCUGUGAUCAGUGUACUUCGCAAUAUCUUUCAAGGACAGUAAAACUCCAUUCGAACCACUUCGCCGAUGAGACUUUUACCCUCUGUCCCCCAGAAGAAAAAGGAAAUUUCAUAUUACUAACAUGAAUUUUAUUGAACUAACAGAAAUAAUAAUGAUUUAGUGGUAGCGGUUCUUCGUUUACCGUUCCUAGUCGAGUUGGAAUUUAGAAAUGAGUACUCCGAGAAAAACUUCUCAGGGCAAAGGAAGGAACAACGUCAAACUCAAACCACAUUUGGACCUCGACGGCGGAAUUUGAACCUGGGCCACACUGGUGGAAGGCGAGUGCUCUCACCACUUCUUCACCCUUGCUACCUAGUCGUAUUGGUCGCUGAAUGAUCGAUCUAGUGCGUUUCACAAACACCCGUCAGAACAUUUCCGGGCUAUUGUUCGAUCCUGGUCUUAGCAAUCAUGACGCCCACGCACCAACAAAAACUGGUAUAGUAAGAUAGUUAAAAGAUUUUCAGUCCUCUGGUUAACAUCAACCAUCACAGAUCAAAUCAUAAAGCGAUCUGAAGAAAGCAAAAGCAACAAAAAUAGACGGCAUUGGCGCGUAUAUCAUCAGUUAAGAAACUGCGUGAACUGUGCUAUUAAGGCUUUGGAACAACUUCUGAGCAACUUUCAUUACAAAAAGCAACUUUUGAUUGUUAUUUGGGUAACGUUUUGAAAAAUUACGGGAAACGUUUUGAAAAAUCUCGAGCAACUUGUGGAAAGCCCUAUGUAUAUAUCUGCCCAGCCUGAAGUAAGCCCUUACUAAAGGCUUGCAUUUGACACUUGUUUUCUUCAACGUAAAUAUUCCGAUCAUUUGCGAUUAAACUUUGACACAUAUUAAGGACCGGAUGAUCUAUUAACUAACUAGGCUACUGUGUCUUUGUUUUAAGCGGACCAUAAGUUGAGUUUUUUCUCUUCAUCUCCUCACACUCUUUGGGUCGCACGUGACCAUGUAGUUUAUCAAUGAAAAAAUGUGUGCGUGAGUGCAGGAAAUACAUUGGAUUGGUUUGCGACUUAAAUGUCUGUUUUCUUCUCAAGUAUCGCUAACUCUUUCUGUUUAACUAUGUAUUUUGCAAUUCAUAGCAAACCAACUGCCGUUGCCAUUUUAAUAAUGCGUCAGUAGUUUCAAACAAUUUUCUUCUAUUUGACUGACGAACAAAGCUCGACCUAUCGCAUUUCUGUUAAAAUAUUGCUGUAUGAUGAUGAGGACGUCACAUUUAAAUUUUAAAUUCCGGGCUCAGACAAGCACAGUUUUAAUUUCAAGUAUUCAGGUGAGAAUUUGGAUCUUAUGAACUCGACUUAGGGACUUUUUUCGAUUGCGGCGGAAGACAUAACAGUAAUCACACAUUCGACAAACUGUUAUGGAUAUACUUCGAAAUAUCCUUGCGAUUGGUUCGUAAUAAAAAAGAACUAAUUCAGAAUACUUUUCUCUGGUGAAAAAAACCUUUUCAUCAAUACAGUUGCAAAAAUGAGACUUAUUAGUUAUAACCAGGAUAUAAUAUAAUCGAGUAUAAGCUCAGGGAGUUUAAGCAGCGACGUUUUCGAGCGAUGCACGUCAACCGGAAGUGUUUACUGCACUCUUCUGCCGUGAUUUUGAACAAAUACUUGAACAAAUCGUCUCUUUAAGAGUAAAGACACUUAGCAAUACAAAUUUGGUUUAGCAUCAAGGCAUGUUGAAAGAGAAAAAGGAUCACUUCCGGUUGACGUACGUCGCUCAAAAACGUCGAUUAAGAGACUACAGAAACUCUGAAACUAUAAAUGUAUUUAAGUCGAAAAGGGGCUGAAAAUGCUGAGUAAUUUAAGAUGAAUGAGUAACUUAAAAUCAAUAAAUAGAGGGCAGAGCAGUUUCAGAAUUUGAUGGACAAAAAGGUCUGUAUACAAAAACAUGUCUUAAAAAACAAUAGUCCACUGAUACAAUUAUAUCAACAAAUUUUCCAUACUGAAUGUAACAAGAGUGGCGAAAAGACGUACCUAAUAGACCUAAUGGAAGUGAGAGCCUCAAAUGCACUGUUAGUUGCUGCUGUUCACGUGAAAAUGAAACUUGGAAACAAUACGCCUGAAUAAUGAGAGGCCGCUACGUUUAACACGAAAUUAGCAAAUUUAUUUUAAUACCUUACAAGUUAUCAAUAAUCUUGAAACUCAAAGGUCAUAUAAAACGACGUUUAAUCUCGAAAAUCUUAAAUUUUUUUUUAAAGACUAUCUAGCUGUUUCAAAAUUAUUCGCUUACCGUGAAAUUCCGAAAAUAAGGCCCUCCAAAUAUAAGCCCCACAAACUCAUAACGCAAAAAACCCUCCGUUAAAUCGCACCUCCGAGUAUAAGCCCCCCAGGGGCUUGUACUUGGAAAUUGCCCUCAAAUAUCAAGCAAAACAAAGCAAAAAAGGGUAAAUUUCCUUCCAACUAUAAAGCUAGCCCAAUCGAUUUUGAAACGCAAAUUUCCCUCCAUAGAUAAGCCCCUCCGAAUAUAAGCCCCCCCAAAAAUAAGCACCUCUAAGAGGGCCUUUGAAAAAUAUAAGCCCCGGGGCUUAUUUUCGGAAUUUUACGGUAUUUGUUUAAGUAGACUAAAAUGUUUACAAAACCGCUGAUGAGAGCGCCUCAAUGCAUACUAAUCAAAUCCUUCACCUUUCAAGCAAUCGGCUAAAGCUAUUCCCAUGAUCACACACGUUUUCAAAAUGAUUGUAACUACUAUGAAGUGAAAUUGCAUUUCAAAAGCUCUUCUCUUUCUACAGACAACGGCCGAACAUCAAGAUUGUCCAGUUUUAACCGUAUUUCUAACCAUAAAAUCUCCAUUCCAAAAAAUCUGGAUAACGAUCUCAAAGAUUUUGCUUAAACUUAACGGACAUCGAUUGUAGCAGGUAUUGGAGGAAAAAGCUCCCGCGAACGAUUUUGGAAGAAAGGUUCCCAGUGCUGAGAAAUACGGCUGCAAGUAAAAUAGGUAAUGGCGUCAUUUCAUUGCUUUGACAACUCCGAUAGCAUCGUAACCCUGGGCCCGGUUCCUCGAAAGAUGGUUAAGUUUAACCCAGGAUUAACCCGGAUUUUAAUCAAGGUUUUCUUGUCUAAGAACAGGUCACUCGAGCUUACAAAAUACUGUGGCGUCUUUACUUCGAGAUUCAGUGAUGAUAAUACAGAAUGUUUCUCUAAGCAAUGCAUAGGAAGGUAAAUACGAAAAUGGAACAAAAUUUUUAAUCCUGGAUUAGCGCUAAUCGGCCUUUCGGGAACCGGGUCCUGAUGAUAACAAAUUUUCAUUCGUCAUCUAAUACAGCUGUGGUAGUAUUUUUUUUCCAGAUCUUUGUUAAGAGAAACAUAGUUUAUUCUCAAAUUUGAGAGGUAUUGACCCUGAAAAACCCCAUCGAGCCACCUUAAUAUAUUGCGUUGGUAGUCUCAAAUAAAUUUCUCCUACUUGACUGACGAACUUUAACAUUUACAAAGCUCGACCUUGUGCGUUUCGGUUAAAGUGAAUUCAAAAUAAAUCCAAAUUUUGGUGUAAUGAUGUUGUCGUAUUUAAAUUCUUUUCACUUUAAAUAAGUGCAUGGAUAUUUCGGAUGUUAUCAGUAUGGGAACUUCUUGGGACUGUUCACUUUAUUGUCCCACAAAUUAGAGUCUCACCCCGAAAAGAAAACAUUCGUGGAGCUCUUUCAAAGUUAUAGAGUUACAGACUGUAUAGAGUACCUGUACACGCAGCGCAGGCACCAUGCGUUGGCAUAAAUAAAUAAAUAACAAACAACAUUGCCCCCCCCAAAAAAUAAAGAAAAAGAAAAAAAAAUCAUAUUUCCGCGAUUCCUAUAAACACCUGUUUGCACCCAAUAAAUUUUGCUUGGACGUGAUGUCAAUAUGUUUUCAUACAUAUGCCUUUUAAUAAGUUUCUUAGUCCCAAUUAAGUUGCAACAAUUUUUGUUAGCCACAUUUUAUCCAAAAUACUAAAUAGGUUCUUUAUAUUCUUUAUAUUAUUAUUACCUUUUCUCUAACAUCUAUCAUAUCCUCAAAAACUCCAAUUGCGUCAGUAUACCUUACCUUAAAAUAAAUUUGAACGUCUGGAAGUUUAUUAAUUGUUAACCUCGAUCUAUCAUUCGUAUCAAAAGAAAAUGUUAUUCAAAUUUGAAAGUGUUAUUUAAGCAACAGAAAAAGUCUUCCGUGUUUGCAUAGCCUGAUAUAAACACGACAGGGUUGGGAGAAUUCGAGACAGUUAUGCAAGCCCGAGGCGAAGUCGAGGGUUUGCACAUUAACUUUCGAGAAUUCUCCCAACGCCUCGAGUGUUCAUAUCAGGGUUCUUGUUUUGCAAAGAGAUGCUUUCCAAAAUACCGACUUUUCUCGCUUAAAAAUGUCAGCUUAAGCGAAAAGAAAUUGACACACUUUCUUUGUAACGAUUUUCCAAGUUUCAGCCGACGAAGGAAUGG